AAUCAAUCAAUCAAUCAAUCAAUCAAUCAAGUAAUCAUCACUAAUCUCAUUCUCAUCCUUAGCAUUGGCAUCAUCAAAAAUAUCAACACAACAACACAUCAUCAUGACAACUCUUGUACAACAACAAACUCAUCAUUCAUAUGAUUCACCAUCUGAUUAUCCUUCCUCUGUAAAUGUCGAUAAAGUAGUAGAAUCAGUCACUAAUGCUACCAAACGUUUAUCUCAAAUCUCAACUAAUACUACCAAUUCAAAUAAAAAGAGAAAAUCUCAAAAUAAAAUUGGUCCUUGGAAAUUAGGUAGAACUUUAGGUAGAGGUUCAACUGGUAGAGUUAGAUUAGCUAAAAAUAUUAAUAAUGGUAAAUUAGCUGCCGUUAAAAUUGUUCCAAAAUCAAAUUUUAAACGAUUAGAAAAUCCAAAAUAUAAACAUUCUGAUAGUUUAUCAAAUAAAGAUCGAUUACCUUAUGGAAUUGAAAGAGAAAUUAUUAUUAUGAAAUUAAUUUCUCAUCCUAAUAUAAUGGGUCUUUAUGAUGUUUGGGAAAAUAAAAAUGAUUUAUAUUUAAUUUUAGAAUAUAUUGAAGGUGGUGAAUUAUUUGAUUAUUUAAUUAAACGUGGAAGAUUACAAGAAUUUGAAGCUAUAAAUUAUUUUAAACAAAUUAUAAAUGGUAUUGGUUAUUUACAUCAAUUUAAUAUUUGUCAUCGAGAUUUAAAACCAGAAAAUUUAUUAUUAGAUUUUAAUAAAAAUAUUAAAAUUGCUGAUUUUGGUAUGGCAGCUCUUGAAGUUAAAGAAAAAUUAUUAGAAACAAGUUGUGGUUCACCUCAUUAUGCUAGUCCUGAAAUUGUUGCAGGAAAAAAUUAUCAUGGAGCUCCAUCUGAUAUUUGGUCUUGUGGAAUUAUAUUAUUUGCUUUAUUAACUGGUCAUUUACCCUUUGAUGAUGAAAAUAUUCGAAAAUUAUUAUUAAAAGUUCAAAAUGGGAAAUUUAUUAUGCCUCAUGAUUUAUCAUGGGAAGCAAAAGAUUUAAUUACAAAAAUGUUAAGAGUUAAUCCUCAAGAUAGAAUAUCAAUUGAAAAAAUUUUAAUUCAUCCUUUAUUAACAAAAUAUCCUGAUCCUUCAAUUCCAAAUAGUUCAAUUCAAAUUAAUAAUAAUAAUAAUAAUAAUUUAUUAUUAAAUGUUCAACCAAUUGAUUCAAUUCAUAAAAUUGAUAAAGAAAUUUUAAAAAAUUUAUCAGUUUUAUUUCAUAAUUGUAAUGAACAAACUUUAAUAAAAAAAUUAUUAUCUCCAUCAAAAUGUCCUGAAAAGAUGUUUUAUUAUUUAUUAAUGAAAUAUAGAAAUGAACAUUCAUCUCCAUCAAUUUCUUCUUCAAAUGAUGAUGAAAAUGAAAAUAGACCUUCAAUUGGUAUACCUCGUUCAACUUCCAUUGUUAAAACUACUAUUAUUGAUGAUAUUACAGGUGAAAAACAUAUAACCAUUAAAAAGGAAAGAAUACCUUCAUCUAAAUCUCUUAGUAAUAAUAAAAGAAUAUUAUCGAAUAUAACCAAUAAUAAUAAUAAUAAUAAUAAUACCAAUAAUGUCAUUGCAUCAACAGGUUCAAUAAAGAAUUUUAAAGCAUCAACUUCAUUUAAUAAAAAGAAAGUUAUUUUAAAUAAUCAAGUUAUUUCAAAACCUUCAAAUCAUAGUUUACCAAGAUCAAGAAAAAAUUCUCCAUUUUCUUCAUCCAAUAGUCUUAAACAAGGAGGUGGUAUUAUACUGCAAAUUCCAAAACAAGAACCUCCUAAAUUAAAGAGAAAAUUAACCGGUUUAUUAGAUUUAAAUGAUAUAACUUCUUCAUCUCAUAUUGAUAUUCAUCAAGAUAAUAAUGAUAAUGAAAAUGAAGAUGAUGAUGAUGAAGCUAAUAAAGAAAAUAAACAACAAGCUGCUGCUACUGCUGACAACAAAUCAUUAUUAAACUUUGAAAUGAUUUGUGAGGAAGUAUUUAAUGAUUCAACCAAUACUAAACCUUCUUCUACACCAACUCCAGUGGUGGUUAAACAAAAAUCCUUUGUUAUGGAUCAAUCUCAAAGGAAAAGAAGUUCACGAGAACCAGAAUUUGUUAAACGGGAACGUGAAUUAGCUGAAAAAGUUCGUAAUUCAAAUGAAAUUCGAGAAUUAAGAAUAAAAGAAGAAGAUGCUACUAAACAUGCUAAAGCAGCUGAAGAAGAACGUAAACGACAAUCGGUACUUUUACAAGAAAAACAAAAGGAAGCUUUAGAAAAAUUAAGAAAACAUCAAAGUAAUAAUGAUUUUGCUACUUUGAAUUCUAAUCCCACUAAUGCUCGUCGUUAUGUUACGGCUCCAACUUCAAUUCCAAGAUCUUCAUUAGAUCCAAGAGUUAAUUCAUUAUUAAGAGCAAGAUCCUUAGCUGCCACUCCAACUAAUUCUUUACAUUCUUCAAGACAACAAUUAUCUAGUAUAAAUGAUAAUACUAAUAAAGUAUUACAUAAAUUAGGUAUAGAGGUUGUCCAACAACAACAAUCAUCAUCAUCACCUCGUAAAUUAAGUUCGAAGAUUAAAACUUCUAGUUCGAAAGAUUUAUCUAGUUAUUUAAAACAACAACAACAACAAGUUCAACCGGAACAACCUGUACCUAAUGAUAAUGAAUUAACUAUUGAAGAAUUCAAUCAAACUGAAAAUGCCGUUAAAAGAAAUAAUUCAAUUUUAAAAUCAAGUAAAGUUGAUAUACCAACUUCUGAAAUCAUUAGUCCUAUUAAAAGAAAAAGUAGUGUUCAAUCUUCAUAUUAUAAAUCAUUAUUAAAUAAUAUAAAUGAAAAUUCAACUACUUCUCCACAAAUAUAUCAAGAUGAAAUUAAAGAAGAAGGGGAUAUAACUUUAAUGUCAACCGUUACAAAAGAUGAAUUACCCAAUCCUAGAUUUUCAAGAUUUUCAUUUGGUGGUUUACUUAAAGGUAAUACUUCUAUACUUGAUGUCGGUGAUGCUACCAUUAUGAAUAAUACAUUUACAUCUUCUGGAACAGUUAUUAGAAAAAGAUUUAGUAAUGCUUCAUCAUUAGAAUUUCAAGGUCGUUCUUUAAAAACUGAAUUAGGUAAUGGUAGAUUAGAUAAAUUUGGUAGUACGAAUGUUAUUGGAUUAGGAGUUUCAACUGGUGAUAAUAAUAAUAAUAAUAAAUCAAGAAAAGUUUCUAAUAUUUCAUCGAAAUAUAAUGAUUCUAAUUUUGUAUCGGUUGAUAUAACUGAUUCUGAUAAAGAUGAUGAUACUUUUAAUAAUCAUAAUAAUAAUAGUUUACAACAUAAUGCUGUUAGUAUGCAAGAUUUUGCUGAUGAUGAAAAUGAUUUUGAAGAUGAAUCAGUUGAUGAUUCAGAUACUACUGUAUUAGAAUCGGAAUAUUCUAUCCAACAAAGUCAUGACCAUAGUCUUGUUCCAAAUCAAAGAUCUCAUCAACCACAACAACAAUCACAACAAAUUAAACAUAGUAAUCAAAAACUGAAUACUACUGGAAUAGAGAUUGAUUUAUCUAAUUUUGAUAUUAUAAGUUCAAGAACUGCUGAUGUUGGAUUAAAGAAUACGAUUAGACCAAGUAUUAUUGAUCAUCUGGAUCUUUCCAAAGAAACAUUAAUUGUUAAGAAUAAAAGUGCUAAUGCAAGUCAUCAUACUUCAAAAGAAAUUGAAGCUGAUAUUUCUUCCAUGUAUAAAAGUUAUCAUAAAUUAUCGAUGAAAAGUGCUAAUAAGAGAAAUGUAUCUCGAAAAUCAAAUAAUGAUGAUAGUUUCCAUGCACAUGCUGAUAAUCAAAAUAUAUUAGAUAAUUCAUCUAUAGCGGAAAGUUCAUUAGACGUUGCUUCACCAAUUCUUGAAUCAAGAGAUAAGAAUCUUGAAGAUGCUAGAGUUGAUACUGGAAUCUUUAGUACUAAACUUAGAUCAAGUCCUGAUAAGAAUAAUAACGGAAUUAAGAAAAGUAUUGUUAUUAGUGAUGCUAAUAAAGUAGGUGAAGAAGAUGAAGAAGAUAAUGAAAUUGUACCUGUUAAAAGAAAUAAUACUUUAUUCAGAAGAAUGAGUUUAAAACCAAAGAGAGAAGCACCAAAAGUUCCUAUUGAUGAAGAUACUCCCAAGAAGAGUAAUUGGUUUAAAAGAAUAUUCCAAUCAAUUACAUCAAGUCCAACUAAUAAAUUCAGUUCUACUUUUGAUAAUAAACCUCAUAAUUAUAAUACAACUAGUGCUAUUAGUUCCGAUAAAAUUCAAAUUAUUGAUUCAACUUUAACAUCAACUGAAUUAAUUCGAAUUAUAAAAACUCAAUUAGAAUUAAAGAAAAUUGAAGGAUCAAUUGAUAAAGUUGAUAUUGAUGAUGAGUUUGGAUUUAUAACUGGUACUAUACCAUCAAAAUUUGCUCAUGGUAGAAAAUUAAAAUUUAAGAUUGAAAUUAUUGAUUUAAUUAAUUCAUCAUCAUUACAUAUUAUUAAAGUUAAAGGUACCAAUAAAGGAUUUAAGAAUUUAAUUAAUAUAGUUACAUUUAUUAUUAAACAAGAAGAACAAGCUACCAAUAAUAGAAAAUCAAAUGCUUAUAAAUUUUCAGGAUAUCAAAAGCAAUAACUCAACCAACCAAUUUAUAUAACCCCUCGUAUAAUUUAAUAGAAAUAUUUUUACAUUGUAUAUUAGAAUAGAAAACAAAG